GAAAGAGGGGAAAACAAAAAUACAAAGUUCCUCAUCAGCCCCAUGACAUAUCAAAUUCCUCAAACAGGACUUGAGGAGGAAGGGUUGGCUUCUUCAACCUCAUCCAGAGAAGGAAACUUAGAAUCCUCAAAGCUUUCUACCAAAGCCUGUUUGAGAGCUCAAAGGAGGAAACAAGAGAUAAGCAAAGACAGAGAGAAAGUGGAUUAAGAUUUUGAGACAUGAAUCGAGGUGGCUUGCAGAGUGCAGUGGUGCAACAAAUGAUGGCCAGCAACCCUAACUGGUGGAACCUUAAUAACAUGCGCCCACCAUCUCAACAACCUUCUCCUCUCAAUCCUUCUUCCUCCUUCUUCCCUCAGUUCACCCCACCUUCUUCCUCACUGCCUUUAACCUCUUGGCAUGAUAAUAACCAAGAGCUUCCAGAGUCUUGGAGCCAACUACUUCUGGGUGGAUUGGUGGCUGGAGAAGAAGAUAGGGCUGGUUUGAAUCAAUUUCAUCAGUCUAAGAAGUUAGACAAUUGGGAGGAUCAAGUUUUGUAUCCAUCACCAAGUGUUACUGCCAUUGAUGUGAAGCAAGAAGCUGCUUCUGAAAAUGGUUAUGCAUAUGGUCAUGGGAAUGAAGAAUUGCAGGCAGCAAGGCCUACUUGGUCUCAAAUUAUGUCAGCUUCUUCUCCUAGAUCUUGUGUUACUAGUUACAGCAGUAAUAUGUUGGAUUUUUCCAACAAUAAGGUAGAUGGAAAGCAUCAACAACCAGAUCAAUCACCUGAGUGUAACAGCACUGCCACUGGUGGGGCAUUCAAGAAGGCUAGGGUUCAACCCUCUUCAAGCCAAACUAGCUUCAAGGUAAGGAAGGAGAAGCUAGGUGAUAGAAUAACAGCUCUUCACCAGCUAGUCUCUCCAUUUGGAAAGACUGACACUGCUUCUGUGUUGUUAGAAGCCAUUGGAUACAUCAGAUUCCUUCAGAGUCAAAUUGAGGCUCUCAGCUCCCCAUACUUGGGUAGUGGAUCAGGAAACAUGAGGCAACAACAAUCUGUUCAAGGAGAAAGGAAUUGUAUAUUUCCUGAAGACCCUGGUCAGUUGCUGAAUGAUCCUUGCAUGAAAAGAAGAGGAACUCCUGAACAGGAUGGUGAAAGUGAACCCAACAAGAAGGAUUUGAGGAGUAGAGGAUUGUGCCUUGUUCCUGUAUCUUGCACUCUACAUGUAGGGAGUGACAAUGGAGCUGAUUAUUGGGCUCCGACGCUCGGCGGCGGCGGAUUCCGAUAGGUAGUGUUGUUGUACUUGUGUUAGUGUGCAGCAAGCAAGCACCCUUGAGCUUCAUCAAAAGAUAUAACAUCAUGAGCAGUCACUCUGCUAAAAAAUUACAAGGCUGAUUGCUCAUGAUGCUAUGCAUUCUAGAUGGAAAAAUAGGUGUGCUAUAGCUAGCUACCUAUCACUUAAUUGGGUCAUUAAUUAGAGUCCCUCCUCAUCUAAUCAAGAAUUUAAGAUAAGGGUUGUUUGUUUUCUUCCUUAAUCGUACAGUGCCUUUCUGUAUAUUCAAUUCUAGUAUUAUGUUUAACCAUCUUAAAUUCCAUUCUUUUCCUGUUUUUAA